CUUUGAACAGAGACACGGAAAACGUUGCGCCCUUUUGACAAGUAAGUCCGCCCGCUCGCCACUACAGCAAAACAAUGGAAGGAAGUCAGCAAAAGGUGGAGGCUAAUUUCUUACUGCUUGGAGCUGAAAGCGUCGGUAAAUCUGCUCUCACCGUGCGGUUUCUCACUAGAAGGUUUAUCGGCGAAUACGGCGAUAUUGAAUCCAUCUACAGUCAUACUGACAGAAUAGACGGGCGGGAGAUCUGCUUCAAUAUCUGGGACUCACUUUGCCCCCAGAAUGAUGAGGGUGCAGGACACAUCAGCGACAGACAACUCCAGUGGGCGGACGGUUUCAUCCUGGUUUACAGCAUAUGUGACCGUGCCAGCUUCAACGUGGUGCGACAACAGGUGAAGCGCAUCCGGCAAGCCAAAAGCAAAUUCUCCGGCGCACCUCCCAUCGUCAUCGUGGGGAAUAAACGCGACCUCCAGCAUCGCCGCACCGUCUCCAGCGAGGAAGGACGCCUCCUCACUCUUUCCACAAACUGUGGCUUCUUCGAGAUUUCUGCAGCGGAGACCUACCACGGGGUACAGCUGGUAUUUCACGAACUGCUCGACCUUAUCCGAGAGGCAAGGGCGCUCAAGAAGGGGGCAGCUGGGAUUAAGGGUAUCGUGAGAAGCAUGUCCGCCGUUUUCGGGAGGAAGAGAACGGAGUAGUUCCAAUAGCCUAAUAUGAGAGACAAUGAGAUGAUAGUUAUGCAUCUAAACGGUCCAGGACUUGUUUGUGCGUGAAAUGAAGUGGAUAGUUACGUUUCCAUAUUGGAAUAGGUCAAUGCGGCCUAACUGAAUUCACGCUGGUUGGAUUCUUACUCAAAUGAGAAUAUUGACAAUCAAAUCCCGUCGAACGUUUUGAGAUGGGCCUUUGGACAACCUACUUACUGCAAAAUAAAUACUAUUGACUGUCUAUGA